GUCGUCUGCUACAGUUGUGUUUUGUUUUUCGUAUUUAUCAACCAAAAAAUGCAGCAGGAAAGAAUAACAAAUUGUGAUUCAGAUAAUUUCCGAAGAGUGUUUAAAUAUUACAAGCAAAAAUGCCCAUCUCCUGAUUUAACAGGCGUUAUUAAUUUUCAAGACGAAAAGACUUUUGGGCAAAAUGGAAUCAAAACCUAUUCACCCUGCUGUGAUAGAUUGAGUUUCACCUACAACGAUCUAGGUUUGACACCACUAAAGGAUUGGAACAUAUUCACCAUUAACAAACAUCCUGGGCUAUUUUUCAUAUCAAACCCAUUUACAAAAAGUGGAAUAGAACACUGGAUACAACAGUCAUUUGAGAAUUAUUGUCUUCCACCCAACCCAAUUAAUAUUAAACAAAAUAUUGAUAUCAGAAAUUGUAGUGAUGACACCAUCCUUCAAAAACUCAGAUGGGCCACCCUUGGAUACCACCAUAAUUGGGAUACAAAGGAGUAUGAUGAAAACUAUAGAGAUAAGUUUCCUUGCGAUCUAAGUCAGCUUUCCUCCAUUAUAGCUAAAUGUGUUGGAUUCGAAACCUUUACAGCAGAAGCUGCUAUAGUGAAUUAUUACUCCCUUGAUUCAUCAAUUGGUGGUCAUACUGAUCACUCAGAAAAAAAUCAUGAUGCUCCAUUGAUUUCUAUAAGUUUUGGUCAAACUGCAAUUUUUUUGCUGGGCGGAACCGAGAAAAACGUUGCACCAACCCCGAUGUUCAUCCACAGUGGAGAUGUUGUCAUUAUGUCAGGUCCAUCAAGACUUUGUUAUCAUGCCGUGCCUAAAAUAAUCUCGAAUGCUGAAUUCGCCGUCGAUGGCCGCUGGUCGACAGUCAUGUCAAAAAUGCGUUUAAAUUUAAAUGUUCGCCAGGUCAACCUAUAAAUGCAUUUCACUGAA